AUGCACGGCGCCGUCCCCGGUCAAUCCUCCUUUUUCCAAGACACUACCUUGGUCGACUUGAGCGACGAAAGUGCCAAGAAAAUUGCAACACUACAGGCCAAAUUAAACAGGAAACUUGGUCCUGAAUAUAUCUCGCAGAGACCAGGGCCAGGUGGCGGUCCUAAGCUGACCUACGCUGAGGGAUGGAAGAUUAUCAAUCUUGCAAAUGAAGUCUUUGGGUUUAACGGCUGGAGUUCGAGUGUAAUCAACUUAACGACAGACUUUAUCGAUCAAAACGAGCAAUCACAGAGGUAUUCAGUGGGAGUCACCGCUGUUGUCAGAAUAACGCUACGCGAUGGUGCGUUUCAUGAGGACGUUGGGUAUGGGCUGCUGGAGAACUCCAAGAGUAAAGGGGCUGCGCUCGACAAGUGUAAGAAGGAAGCGGUGACAGACGCCGUUAAGCGUGCUUUGCGCAAUUUCGGCAACCUUCUCGGGAAUUGUCUGUAUGACAAGUCGUACACGCAGGAGGUUGUGAAGAUGAAGGUCCCGCCAGUGUGUCUGAUCCGCGUGUCUCGUCUGAAACGCUCUAACGACUGA